GUAUUACAAUCUUGCACAUGCUGUGCAUGAGAAAGUUAUUAGGCAGCCGUCGAUGUUACGAGCUGGAACACUACGAGACUAUCAGCUUGUUCGUUUACAGUGGAUGCUCUCUUUAUACAACAACAAACUCAAUGGAAUUUUGACUGAUGAGAUGGGUCUUGGGAAGACUCUGCAG